CACCCAGUCAUCAAUGAGGGUCUCUCCACGCACAAUCUUCACACACAACCAUGAUAAAGCAGAGCUCUCUGUUCUCUCUUCUUCUCCUCCUCACCAUAAUCCUCGCUCACCACGGCAAAACCCUCCGGUUAGCCGAAGCCGGAAAGCGACGAAUCCACAUCACCGACGAGCUCGACGACGUCGUUGACGACGAGGAGGACGAGGCGUGGAAGGAAUGGGGCAAGAAAUCCACUCCGUCCGACACGAAGUUCGAUCCGCCGCCAACCGAUUUCUCAAAGAUGGACACGAAGGAGAUUCAGGCCGAGAUGAUGAAGCGCCAAUUCGGACCCGUUUUUGGAUUUGCUAAACUUCGAUUAGGCGUUCGACGCACUCCGGAUAUGGUAUCUGAAAUUGCUAAGAAAUGGACAAAACUUUCAAAAACAGGAGGUAUUGAGGUAAAGUUCAUGCGUGUUGAUCUGAGCACAAUCAUGUUCACAAUGGAAAAAGGCCAAGAUUCUUCAGAGUUGAAAGACUUUAUAUUGAACCAACCAGAGGCAUACGAAAUCAAGAUAGGAGAUCAAGCUUUUCGAAGACCAGGAGAUCCUCCUUUAGAUGAGAUUCUUGAAAAGCUCUACCGUGAUAAAAACGAAGCAGAUAAUGCUAGCCCGGAGGAGAAUGGAAGACAUCAGAAAGAUGAAUUAUAGUUCACUGGAAAUGCUUUUUAAUAUGCUAACCAAAAGCUUGCUCCUUUAUCGAUGUGCAGUUCAUUUAUCCUAACAUCUAUUUUAACUUUUAUUAUUAGUCUUUCUUUUUUUAAAUCUUUCCCCAUUUCUUGUUAACCAAUAAUCCUUUUGAUUUUUUAUAUAUCUGGAAAUCUUUUUUGAAGCUAUGAUUCCAUCCUGUUUGUAGAAUUGUUAAUGAAAAUGCAAAUUUAAUUUUUGUGUU